AUGUCUGAUACGUUUCAGUCGAACUAUAAAAAUGCGAGUAAUGUGAUCAAAAACAUUACUAGUAUUCUCGGCACCAUUAAGAACAAUACCAACGGAAGUGAGGCGCAGAGACAGUUGUCGCGUGUCAAGCAGUAUUUUGCUCAAGCCCAGGAAGCGUUGAAAGUAAUGCGUAACACUGCGAGUUUGAUGAACUACAACAGCAAGAUUCAGGCAAUGGGGUCUGUGCGAGAGAUCGAGCAGAUGCUUGCAACCAUUAAAAAGGACAUUGCUCGUCUUGAAUCGAAAGUGAACAAGUCCGCUCUUGUUGGCUCUGAUGCCGAGGAAAAGAAGAAAAAGAUGGCUCAGGGUUUGAUCCAGCUGAACGACACUACUGGAAUUUUGAACCAAGUGAAGGCCUCUGCCUACGAGAGCGAGAGCAUUGGCCAUGGAGCUCUGGAAGCCCUUGGUUCCCAACAUGAAGUGCUCAUUCGCUCAAAUGAGAAGGUGGAAGAAGUAAAGACAAAUGCGAACAUGUCGAAACAACUGCUGAGAGACAUGAAUCGUCACGCGAUCGGCAACAAGGUUUGUGCCAUUGCGAUUAUUAUCCUCCUUCUCGUUGCGAUUGCUGUUAUGAUUUAUUUGAAUAUUACGAAAAAGUAG